AUGGCUGUGUCCCUGGCCGGCGAGUCGGUUCCCGGAGACGGCGGAGACGCGCUCGGGAUGAGCCCCGCCGGCCUGGCUGCCUACUACCCCUCUUUCCUCCCUCCCGCCCAAUACUUCGAGGCGGCCCCCGACUUCUUCCAGCCCCUGAAACCCCUGGGCGGGCUGGUCCCCGCCUCCCCGCCUCUGCCCCCCUUCACCUUCAGCAGGGUCCCCGCUUUCCUGAGCCAGCCGCCCCCCCCGGGCUCGCCCCCGCCGCCCUACCCGAGCCCCCCGCGCAGGGCUGCCCGCAGCCCGGGGGGCGGCGGGGCGGCGGGGCAGAGCUACAGGUACCACUUCACCGAGGAGGAGCUCAACGCGGUGCUGUACGGGGCCCUCCGGAGCAGCCAGCUGGCCGGCAGCCUCCACGCCAUCUCGGGGCUCCGGGUGCCCCCCGCCAGCCCGGGUAAGGGGGUUUCCGGCUUGUGCUGCGGACUCCUCCUCCGCCCCGCUGCUCGACAGGGACUCGCUGCAGCUACCCGAAGGUAGGGGCCCGGCGCUGCCCGCGCCCCCCGCCGCCCUCAGCCGCGGCCGAGCCGCGCUCAGCCCGCCCUGUCCCCCGCAGGGCUCUCGGUGCUGCGGGUGGCGUACGGGGACGUGUCUCAGCUCGGAGUCUUCUGCACGGACCCCAUCCCCAAAGGAGUCCGCUUCGGCCCUUUCCAAGGCAAAGUGGUCAACACCAGCGAGAUCAAGACUUACGACGACAAUUCGCUGAUGUGGGAGAUCUUUGAAUACGGGCGCCUGAGCCACUUCAUAGACGGGAAGGGCGCCUCUGGCAACUGGAUGUCCCUGGUGAAUUGUGCCAGGUUCCCCGAGGAGCAGAAUUUGACGGCUAUCCAGUGCCAGGGGCAAAUCUUCUACGAGAGCUGCAAGGAAAUCUUGCCGAAGCAGGAGCUGCUGGUGUGGUACGGCGACUGCUACGUCCAGUUCCUGGGCAUCCCCAUCAGCCUGAAAGGCAUGCCGGAGGGGAAGAGACCCCCGCAGCACCCCGAAGAAGCCGGGGAGAGCUUUAAGUGUGAGCGCUGCGGCAAGGUUUUUGCCUACAAGUACUACCGGGACAAGCACCUCAAAUACACUCGCUGCGUGGACCAAGGGGACCGCAAAUUUCCUUGUCACCUUUGUAACCGAUCCUUUGAAAAAAGAGACAGGCUGAGGAUCCAUAUUCUCCACGUUCACGAAAAGCACCGACCUCACAAGUGCUCAGUGUGUGGGAAGAGCUUUUCUCAGUCCUCCAGCCUGAACAAACACAUGAGGGUUCACUCCGGGGAGCGCCCCUACAAAUGUGUCUACUGCAACAAGGCAUUCACGGCAUCCAGCAUCCUGCGCACUCACAUCCGCCAGCACUCGGGGGAGAAGCCCUUCAAGUGCAAGCACUGUGGCAAAGCCUUCGCCUCGCAUGCAGCCCACGACAGCCACGUGCGCCGCACGCACAGCAAGGAGAAGGGCUGCACUUGCUCGGUGUGCGGCCAGCACUUCCCGGAGCAGGAGGAUUACCACUUCCACAUGAAGAUGCACGCUGCUCACUAG